AUGACCAAAUCAAGUCGAGGACCUUUCACAGGGAUCCGCCAGGCCUGCGAUGCCUGCCACUUUAAGAAGAUCCGCUGUCUGCGAGGUCCGGAAGAAGGCGACGGGCCAUGUCAGAAAUGCAGCCGCGAAGGCGUCGCAUGCGUCUUCAGUCCCGCGUUGAAGACGGGCAGACCACCGAAGAAGCCCCUUGCGGCGAUCCAUCCCGAACCUGGGCCAGCUCUGACACCGCCAUCGACCUUAUCCUCAGACACUCCAUCACAGCCUAUCGAUUCAGUUUCCCAGGCUUCACCAUCUACGUUGGACGAACUACCGAUCCCCUGGGAAGCAUGGGACGGCAUGGAUAUGGGCAUCGUCUGCUUCCCUUCGGCAGACUGUCCCCUGCAACAUGACUUUGACGAAUUGAAGAAGGCCGCCAAGCCGGAAGUCAUCGUUCUCAAGCGGCUCGAGCAGCUUUCAGCGUUCCAACAGCAGCUCGUCGCAAAGAGAAGGGAGCAUGCCGCCGUGUUCUCCCGGCAGCUUGGGACCGAUGCCUCCAACGCCAUACAGGAGAUGCUGCAAAUCACCCAGAAGGUGACAAAGUUCAACGCCUGGCUGAUGAUGGGCGGCGCCAAGUUCGCCUUCCGCAAGCCCAUGCUAGACUCUAUGUCAGACGAGACGGCUCUCAUGAUGGUUGUAUCGCCAGCCACGAUGGUCCUGGAGGUUUUUGUUGACAUUCUUGAGCUGGCGUUUCCGUCCCUGAAGAAGCGGUCAUCGGAUUCGGACUCUGGCGAGAGCAGUAUAUGUGCGAUCAACCCAGCGCUUCUGUCAAACGCCAGCAUGAAAGAGCUCGGGUUUGCGCCGACCGCUGUGCCCGACAUUACAGCUGUGCAUGAUCUUGCGAACCCGGUGUGUAUCUACAUUCUCCUGACAGCGCUCCAGGAUCAGCUGGACUCGAUGCGGAAGGCUGUCGAACUAGCUUUGGACUCGUUCCCGAGGAUGGAUUCUGCUAAGGGAGCUCAAGGUUUGUUGCCUGCGAUUAUGGAUCAAUAUUCUGAAAAGAUUCGCCAUGUUCAGGGGCACAUCACCAAGGCGGGUGGGGACAAUCUAAUGACUGGGCUGGAUUGA